AUGCCUGGGAAGGUAAAAACGCAGAAGAAGCGUAUACAGUACAACAGGGAUGAUGUACAGAGGGCAGUCGAUGCAGUCACGUCCAGAUCAAUGUCGGUCAGGAAAGCAUCGGCAAUGUUCGCUGUACCGAAAUCCACUGUAGCUGAUAGGGUUAAUCAGCGAUAUGGGUCUGACCCUCGGCUUGGCCGACCAGCUGCUUUGCCGGACACCAUUGAAAACAAAAUUGUGGAUACAGUGAAGGCUGCGGCAAAGAAGGGGAUAGGCAUAUCAAGGCGUCAGCUUCUGACGAGAACCGGAGACCUCUGUCGGAGGUACCGAGUUACACCAUUUAAGAAUGUCGCUCCCUCCAACCAGUGGUGGGAAGGGGUUAAGAAGCGUCACCCGGAGCUUUCAAUUCGCCGUCCAGAAAAGCUUGCAGCAUCAAGAGCCCGGAUGUUGAAUCCAACUGUUGUCAGCAAAUAUAUGGCGUCUCUCGGGGAAUUAAUUGCGUCACUCAACCUUAGUAAUAAACCCCAAUCAAUUUGGAACUACGACGAGACGGGUCGUAGCUUUGAGCAUUCGCCAGUUCGGGUCAUAGCCGAAAAGUCUUCGAAAAAUGUUGUUGGGCGUACUGGGAACAAUAGGACAAAUGUCUCUAUAAUGGCGUGUGUGAAUGCGGCAGGCAGGUCCAUGUCCCCUAUGUUCGUUGUAAAGGGAAAGACAAACUUGUCCAUACAUGGUUUCAACACGGCGGCCGCUCCAUCUGGGACAAAAUGGACCCAUCAAGACAACGGUUGGAUGACCGACAAGAUUGGCGAGGAGUGGUUUCGUGAUGUCUUUUUACGAGAGUGUGGAGAUGAGAGGCCUCAAAUAUUAAUUUUAGAUGGGCAUUCGUCUCACGAGUCACUUGCUAUUCUUGAGCUGGCUAAAGAAAAUAACGUUUCCAUAUUAUGCCUCCCUCCCCACACUACGCACAUCCUCCAGCCCCUUGAUAGGUCCGUCUUCGGACCAUUUAGUACAGCCUACAAUACUGCGUGUUCUGACUAUCUCGGUCAAAAUCCACUCAACACAGUUACGAAAUGGAGUUUUCCUGGGUUAGUUAAGACUGCCUGGGAUACUUCGUUUACACACAAGAACAUUGUGAGCGGGUUUAGGGCGUGUGGAGUAUUCCCAUUCAAUCCCACAGCUAUUUCACAGGAGUCCUUCGCCCCAUCACAGCCAUCAGAUCGUCCAACAUCUACGGUAACAUCCGAUCAAAUUUCAUUGUCUCCCCGUAUUCCUGUCUCAACCUCUCCGGAAGCGUCUACAGAUGGUGCUGUGCCUUUAGAAACCACAACCACAACAGCAGAGCGUUCACUACCGGUAAUACCGUGUAUCCCUCUCUCCAUCUCUUCUGAAGCGUCUACUGCUUUACCUACAACAAUAACAUCUCAGAUAUCAGUUGGCCUAACACCCAGUAUCCCCCUCUCCCUUGUUCACGAAGAAUCGGUUGCUACGUUAACUGUAGACACUGCCAAACCCACUAUACCAUCAGUAAAUGGCCAAGUUCAACUUUCAUUUGAGUCUUUGCCAGACAUAGAUCACCCAGAACUGUUGAUUAGCUUACUAAGCAGCGAUCAAUUGGAACUUGGUACAUGUAUGGACUCCGACAGCGUUUGGAACAAUGACAUAGAAAAUUAG